AUGGCUAAGAAAUCAGGAAGCGGAUCUGGAUCUGGAGGUGUUGGCACAAUGGAUGCUCAGCAGUUUGAGGCAUUUUUCAGUCAAGUUGCGCAGAUCCAGAGUCAUCUCAACAAGGCAAAUUCGAAUCAAGACCUUUCAAGUCCUUACUAUAUUUUGCCGUCUGAAAAUCCAGGUAUACCUAUUACCAAUGUCACACUUACCGGUUCAAAUUAUAGUGCUUGGAGCAAAGCAAUGAUGAACGCACUUUAUUCGAAGAACAAAUUCGAAUUUGUUGAUGGCACCAUUCCUAAGCCUAAGAAAACAGAUCCAAAUUUUAAGGCGUGGCAACGUUGUAACACGUAUGUAGUAGCCUGGAUUAAUCUCUCCCUGAGCCCUAACAUAUAUCAGAGUGUUUUAUGGAAUAAUAUAGCUUAUGAUUUGUGGAAUGAUCUUAGGCAUCGGUACUACCAAGGAGACAGGUUUAGAGUAGUUGAGUUAAAUGAGGAGAUUUAUGCGCUCAAAUAG